AGCCGAGACGAUCUAGCCAUGUCCGUCUGUCUGUCUGUCCGUAUAAACAACUAGAUCUCAGAGAUUAUAAGAGGUAGAGCUUCAAUUUUUUUUCGACAUUUGUUAUGUUUGCACGGAGAUCAAGUUUGUUUCAAAUUUUAGCCACGCCCACUUCCGCCCCCGCAAAUUAAAAAGUAAGCGUCAAAAUUUGGUUGCGUGAAAAUUUGGUUGCGAUCAGAUAAAUAAUGUGGAAGUUAUUAAAAAAAUACUUUUUUAAGGGUCUUAGUUGCUUUGGCCAACAAUCUGGUAUAUUGUGCUGUCUAUGGUAUUUUUUGAAUGUGGUACUAUAUCGAUAUACCAAAUACACCAUUUGAUAUAUAUUUAGUAUUUUUAUAGUAUUGUCGGUAUAUUUUGAAAUUAAUUCCGCAAUAUUUAGCUUUUACUCAAAAUGGGCAGCGAGUAUUUCAUAGUCUAUCACACUCCUCUGUAGUUGUCUUACUUAUUUAUACACAAUAAAAGAAGAUCAAACAAACAUAUUAGAAUUAGAACAAGUUCACGUAAUAUGAUACACUUUCUUUGUGAGGGCUUGUUAUCAGCUAAGCUAAAUUGCGUCAUCUCUACUGUUAACGAAGAUAGAAAUGUGUUCGCUUGAACAAAGCUAACAUGCUGAGCAUCAGUGUGAUUCUGGAGCUUGAACUAAAAACUAAUAUUAAUCAAUAUUUAAUAUUGCGCUCAAAUUAUGUUCUAAAAUGGCAAGCGAAUGUGCAGUCGGUUGUGUGGAUGCAGUUGUUAAUAGCGUGAAGCGCAAAUUCAACUGUAUUAAACAAUUCUGGCAUCGUUAUCUACUUGUUGAGCCAGUAUUGAUUUUAUUUUGGGCACCCACUUUAUUCAGAUUUGACAAGUUUGUGACAUACAAGGCAUGUCGCUUUAGUCUCGGCUACAACGAAGCUGUAUGCUCUGCCGUGAUAUACGAUUACUAUUAUGUCAGAGAUUGUAUUCCAUAUUACGUGCCACAAAAUACAUUGACAAUACUAGUUCCUUCACCUGACGAGUUGUUUGUAGAUGCUAGCUCGCCAAAUUUUAAUUAUGCUGUUUGUAAAGUUGGAAAUCAGGCACAAAAUCUGGUGAACAACGUAUAUUUAAAUACUUUACCGAUAGUCUCCGUAUUUCCAUAUAUUAUAUUAAUGUUAGCUGGAGGCUGGGUCGAUGGUUACAAUAAGCGUAAGGCAUCCUUGAUAUUACCGAUUCUGGGCAGAUGUCUAUAUUAUAUAUAUCAGCUCAAAUCUUCGAUAUUCUAUGAGAGUCUGCCUUUCCAAUUGAGUUGGUAUUUCGCAAUAAUACCUUCAGUUUUAGGCGGUGUUCCAUGUUUUCUGAUGUCUGCGUUUAGUUAUAUAACAAUAACAACACCAGAAAGUGAUCGAGUCCUACGCAUCGGUAUCCUUUCAGUAUUUGUUCUACUUACAAACUUUCUAAGUGGUAUCAUUGGGCAUCUCAUUAAUUCAGAGUUUAUAAAAUACUUUGGAAUUUGUGUGGGUCUCGAAAUCGUUGCUAUACUUUACAUUAUAUUGUUUAUAAAGGAGCCCAAGUCAAAUGAAAGUGUUUCUGAAGUCAAUGAUUCCGCUGGAGACAUUCAGUUAACAAAUUUGGGUGAUUUGACGAUUCAAGAGAAUGUCACGAAUAUUGAAUCAUCAUCUGAACCUUCUCGACGCAAUGUGUUCAAAAAAUUCUUUGAUCCGAUGUUGGCGAUAGAACUCUUCAAAUUACCUUUUAAGAGACGACACAAUAAUGAUAGACUUAUAUUGGUGCUAUUAAUUUUGUGUUACUUCCUAACUGCGGGACCUGAAGGAAGUGAAACCAAAUUUAUGGAUUUUCACAUUUUAAAUAGAAUCGACUUUGUUGAAUAUGUGGAAUAUAUGGAAAACUCGCAUAUGGAACUUUAUUACAGAUUGAUGAAAUUUAUGAUGUCAAUUAACUUAACCUUUUUUGGAAUUAUAACUUUUGCUAAAAUUUGGAAAUUCUCUGAAUCCAUAGUUGGAAUCUCCGAGUCCCUAUUUGGAAUCUGGACUGCAGUCUUCGUUGUUGUGUCUCGCGUUCUAUUUCACUUUGCAGACAAAUCUUCAAUCGUAUCUACAAGACAGAUGUAGAUUGUAAAAAAGUUAUAUGUAUAUAGUGUACAAAAAAAUGCUCAUUUUAUACCGGUACACCUGGUAUACUCGGUUUAUACAGUAACUAAUUAAACAGCAAACAUUUAAUUUCACUUUGAUAUGAUCAUAAAAUGAUCACAUUUAAAAAAAAAACCCCAAAUCACGGACUAGGAACUAACUAUAAGUUGACAAUUCUGGAUGAUUUUGCGGUUGAAAACAAAGUAUACAAAAAAUUAAGAGCAGAAUCUCAAAAUUGUAACAGAAACAAGUCGAGUGCGUAUCUCUCAGGAACAACAUAUUUUAAAGAAAAGUACGAGUAAUAAAACUACAGUCGAGUGUGCUCGACUGUGAGAUAUCUGCACUAUAUUAUUCUUCAAAUAUACCAAAUAAAUAUUUUACAAAAGUACUAAAAUGUACCUAAGGCUCUAUUUGGUAUAUCAACAUAUGUUAAUUAACUUCAUAGGUCAAAACUCGAAGACAGAUAA